AUGGCCAGUCUGCGUGCUGAGAAGACGUUCCCUCAGUGUGAGUCAGAGGGGCCAGAGGACCAGGUCCAGCCCAUGCUGGACUGGGCCAACGGGGGCUUCCUUCCUAAGGGCCAAGAGGGCCUCAAACCCACAGACAACCCUGGUGAGACUCACCAACCAAAGCCAAUAUAAGGUCUAAAUGUCAUGGCUGGGGUUUUCUCCUGCCUCCUCCUGUCCUGUCUUGUCCAAUAUGGGCACGUUAAAGGGAUAGUUAACUUUUUUGAGAAAAAAAAAGGUUAAAACUUCUAAAAAGCGAAGUAUCCCUUUAAUCAAUAUUUCAGUUUUCAGAUCUGUAGUCCAAUAUAUCACUGUUAUAGCACCCAACUUAAAGGUGCAAUAUAUAUAAAUUGCUCCGCCAUUUUAUUGCUAAAAUUCUAGUAGUUUGCGUAAUUUCAGUUUAAACUGCAGUUUAAAACGCUGUGAGAUAUAUUUUCAAUAACCAAAAAUAUUGUAUUUUCAGCUGUUUGAAGCUGGUGUACAAAAUCGAAAGUAAAAGACGCAAAAACAACAUUUAAGAACGGGAACAUAGAAAUAGUGCAUAUAUAAAAUAUCUACCGCUUCUUAGACUUGCUUUUGAUGAGAGUGAAACAUCCAUAACUCAUAUUUCUAUGUGAAUUUGGUCGGGUCACCCAAAAACAUAAUGCCCCUAGCUAGAGCUGAGACUAUAGUUGCUGACAGAUUUAAGAGUUACACCAUUACUUUCUCUAGAUCAAUAUGACACAUGUUUAAUUAAAUACUUUUAUUAGAAGACUUACGUAAUUUAUUCCUGUCUCUACUUGGCAUCCUAAUCUGCCUCUCCUUCUCUAAAGGGUACAUCUCUUUCUCUCUCUCUGAUGGCUCUCCCAUUCUUAGAUACUCUCUCGCUCGCUCUCUCGCUCAGCCUCUGUCUGCACCACAUGAUCUGUUAACUGUAUGUUGGCACAUUGGUAUUUUAUUAGAGAGGAGGGGUGGUUAUAGCCUGGGUACCAGUUCCUUUAGCUAAUCCACUUCCUGUACUCUGGUUUCCACUAGUUACCACAGCCACAAAGUCAAAAUGGCAUAUAUUUCAUAAAAAUGUAUGAAAACAAAAAUGUGCUUUUUGGUCUUCAUUUAAGGUUAGGGUUAGGCAUAAGGUUAGCAGUGUGGUUAAGGUUAGGGUUGAGGUUGAGGUUAGGAUUAGGUUUAAAACAGUGGAGGCUGCUGAGGGGAGGACAGCUCAGAAUAAUGGCUGGAACGGACAAAAUUGAAUGGCAUCAAACACAUGAAAACCAUGUGUAUUUGAUAUCAUUCCACUGAUUCUGCUCCAGCCAUUACCACUAGCCCGUUCUCCCCAAUUAAGGUGCCACGAACCUGCUGUGUUUUAAAAUCAGAUUUUAAGAAGAUAAAUGUUAGAAAUAGGUGGGGUUUAUGACUUUGUGGCGGUGGUAGCUAGUGAUGACCAAAGUUGCUAGCUCACAUCUAAAUUCUCAAACUAAAUAUGUAAAUACAUACUGCAAUUCCAACCACAACAACUUCCCUAGCUAACAGCUAAAUGUUUGUUUUUGACUUUGUUAUAAAUUCUAAUUAUAUUUCCAAAGCUGGAUAAUAUUAAUGUUAUUUCCAACAACCAGUGAGCAACUCCGCCGUAAAUCCAGCGCAUAUUGAACGUUGAGAUUGCCGAAAGGCCAGUCUCUUUGGCGAUGACAAGGAGUGGCAAGGAGUGGAAUGUUAGCUAAACAGACUGGUACUCACACUAGGGUGGUUAAGGGUGGUCUCCUGUUUAGUAUGUUUCAUUAUGUCAUCCACCAUACUCUAUAGGUUAGGGUUCAAUGGGUUGGUCGGGUUUAAUGGACCAAUAUUACUUGGCCAAUAAUACAGUGAUAUCAACUGGAAUACAGUAAUAUUACAUAUAUUUUAGACAAUUUUUUUUUGCAAUAACCUAGAGUAUUGUAGGUACAGUAUAUUUUAUUCUACAUGCUUUGACGGUUGUCUGUGUGGGUGUGUCUUCUCCAGAUAGCAACACGUUGAACCACCAGGUUUUGGACGUCAGUCUGCCAGAGUAUUUCCCGACAGCCAAGAGGCCCCGCAUCAGCCUGUGUAAGGCCAAAUGCGGCCCAGAGGAGGUCUACAGUCGAGGUCAGAGGUCAAACAAACAGGGUUCAACCUGGGGUUACCAGGGU